UUUGAUAACGCAAACGCACUAACACACGAAGCUUUCAAACUUUCUUAAAAUGGUUUAUUUGAUGAAUUAUUCGAAUUCAUGCUUCCCGUAAAAAAUUUUCGAUCAGAAGUGAGAUAAAUUUGAUAGAAUAUCAACUAGUGAAACAAUGGAUCCAAAUAUUUUGAUCAAUUUAGCCAGAGACAAAACAUCUUUGACCGUUGCAUCUACAGACCGAACAUGCCGAUUGUACACUCCCGGUGAAGUUGUGUCUCCUUUGAGUGAUUUUAUGCGCGGGCAUGGUACAUACCCUGAAGAUGAUCAACUGAAAGCUUCCGUGGCUGGAAUUAAAGAAGAAAUCGGACGAUUAAUCUGCGUGAAACCGUUAAAAGCCCGAUAUAAUGGUGAAGUAGGAGAUGUGGUAGUUGGCAGAAUUACUGAAGUUACCCAAAAACGUUGGAAAGUUGAUACAAAUUCUAGACUUGAUUCUAAUCUACUUCUAAGCUCCGUCAAUCUUCCCGGUGGCGAAUUAAGAAGACGAAGCGCUGAAGAUGAACAGAUGAUGAGAAAAUAUUUAGUAGAAGGAGAUUUAAUUAGCGCCGAAGUACAGAGUAUAUUUCAAGAUGGGUCUUUAUCUUUGCAUACACGAAGUUUUACUUAUGGAAAACUUUCUCAAGGAAUCCUUAUCAAAGUCUACCCAGCUUUAAUUAAAAGAUGCAAAACUCAUUUUCAUCACCUUCCUUUCGGCGCUAGCGUGAUAUUAGGAAUGAAUGGAUUUAUAUGGAUCUGUCCAUCCACCAGUAUAGAAAACGAUAGCAGCGGAGGAUUCACUCAGGAUUUGGAAGAAAAAAUUCCUAAACCUGAUCGCGAAGUCAUAGCUCGUUUGAGAAACUGUAUACUCGCUUUAGCUGCCAGCAAAAUUCCUUUGUAUGAUACCACUAUUACUUACGCUUAUGAAGAAUCCAUGAAAUAUGAAGAUCUCAGCGAUCUCUUAAAUCCGGAAGCUAUGUUAGAUAUUGCCAUAUUAACUCAGCAAAGAAGAUUACAAAUGAUGGAUGAUUCGUGAAUAUUCUUCCACAACUCUACAAGUUAUAUUUGAAUGUUUUUUUUUUCAAAUUUUGUUUUGAAUUUUUUUAGGAAUAUAUUACAAUUUUUGCGUA